AUGAGGGCUAGUAUUGAACACAUUCUUCUGCCUUUGUCGCUCUUCGGUGCGGUGGAAGCAGCCGCCUGCACAAGCACCAAGGCGACAAACAACACUGGCGCGUCGGCAUGCACCGGAGUGCGUCCUCGAGUGCCAUGGACGAGUCUUACAGAGGAUGAAAAAAAUGCGUACAUUGCCGCCGAUCUCUGUCUAAUCAAUAUGCCAUCAAAGUCAAAGUUUGAAGGCGCCGUCACGCGAUGGGAUGAUCUACAAUGGCCCCAUGUGGCUCAAUCCUCCGCCGUCCACUUUACUGGUGCUUUCCUGCCAUUCCACCGAUACUACAUGACUGCCCAUGAGCGCAUGAUCAAGGAUGAAUGUGGCUACACAGGACGUAUGCCGUACUGGGACGAGCUGGCAGAUAUUGACGACAUUUCAUCUUCGGACCUUUGGAAUUAUUUCGGCGGUAAUGGAUCUGGUGACGACCACUGUUUUACGGAUGGCCCAUUCGCGAAUCUAACCCUUCGAUGGUUAACGAAUGGAUCAACAUCGGACCACUGUCUGACCCGAGAAUUCAACCAGACUGCGUUCGAAGGAACCAAACAGUCUAAUAUUGAUAAGUGCUUGGCCAUUUCAAACUACACCGAUGCAUGGGAGUGCUACAAUGGUGGCACCCAUACUGGCGGUCACCUCGGUGUGAACGGAACCAUGACAGACGGUACCCUAAGUCCCGGAGACCCAGUGUUUUUCCUUCACCAUUCGUGGCUGGACUUGCUUUUCUGGAACUGGCAAAAGGAGGAUCUUCCUGCCCGUUAUUACGACAUGGGCGGCCCAGACCAGCCCACGUUUGUGGCCAACACGGAGCAGAGAGGCUUGGAAUCCAUCUGGACCGACUAUUUUGGUGAUGGCGGCAACACAACCACCCUAAAUCAUCGACUCAACAUGGUCGACCUUUACCCAAACAUUACCAUUGGAGAUGUAAUGGAUUUGAAUGGCGACGUGAUUUGCUCCGAGUACUUGAGCGCCGAAGAAGCUGGAUAA